AAUAAAGUGCAACAGAUGAGUGACAAGGUGCGAAGACUUGGCCAAGAUUAUCAGCGCUGUGGCGCCGGCUCUGGCAUGGGUGGGCGUAGGAUAAUCAAAGCUGCGGCGCUACUCAUAGCUUUGGGAUACUGCAGUUUGCUUGUUUAUCAAGGCGGAGUGAAUUACAACUUCCAAGAAAGUCGGCCAGUGCAAGUGGCGGACUUACCUAUUGAGCCCGUGACGAAAACGAGUAUUUUUGAUAGUGGUCAGAGUAAGAGCAUAACAUUGGAUGACAUUUUCAUAAGUGUAAAGACAACUAAGUUUUAUCAGUAUUCGAGGUUGCCGAUAAUUUUGAAGACAUGGUUUCAAUUGGCGAAAGAACAGACAUGGUUUUUCACCGACACAGACAACCCACGACACCAAAAUCAAACCAACGGUCACAUGGUAAACACGAAGUGCUCGGCGUCACACCAGCUAAAACACCUCUGUUGCAAAAUGUCCGUGGAGUACGAUCAUUUUCUCGAGAGCGGUAAAAAGUGGUUUUGUCACUUCGACGAUGACAACUACGUCAAUAUUCCGCGCUUGGUCGCCGUGCUGCAGAAGUACAAUCAUCAAGAAGACUGGUAUCUCGGGAAAACUUCUGUGAACAAACCUGUAGAUAUGUUCAAGAAGCCUACCAACGAGUUAUUAUACACUUUUUGGUUCGCAACCGGUGGUGCCGGAAUAUGUCUAAGCAGGAGUUUAGCUUUAAAAAUGUUACCGAUUGCAAGUGGUGGCAGAUUCAUCAGUAUCUGUGAGAGUAUUCGAUUUCCGGAUGAUGUCACUUUGGGUUAUAUAAUAGAACAUCUAAUGGAGAAAAACUUGACCCGAUUGCCAGAACUACAUUCACAUUUGGAGCAAAUGAAACUACUGAAUCCUGAAACUUUUCGAGACCAAAUAUCGUUCAGUUACUCAAAAACAGCCAAAGGUUGGAACGUCAUCAAUGUUCCCGGAUUCAACCAUAGAUAUGAUCCCACUAGGUUCCUCUCGCUGCAUUGUUUCCUCUUUCCACACUUCAAAUUUUGUCCGAGAUAGUACCAAGAUCAAAAAAUUAACUAAAGUUGUUUAAAUUAUCCACAAAUAAUGUUAUUUUUACAUUCCUAUCACCUUAGCAAAGAGUUUAGUUUUCAUACUGUACUAUUCCAUAAAGAUCUAAAUAAAUUGUAAGUAGGUAGGUGCAAUAAAGCCUUUAAAUAUUUUAUGAGUAUAAAACAUUGUGUGAUAUGUGAUAUUGGUUAACAGUCUUUGUACAAAUCUAAAUUUUAUAUUUAAAAGCAAUGAUGUUAGAAGAAAUACGUUCGGAACCCUAAAAAGGGGUAGAUAGGUAAUAAACAUUCGAUAUUUACUACAGCGGCGCGGAUACAGUCCAUCAACUAAGCUCAGGUUUGCUAAUUAACAUAGUUUAACGUACCACUUGCGAUCCGCGUAUAACUUAUCUACCUCUUUUUUCUUCUAACAUCAUUGUUUCAAAGUAAUUGUUUACGCGAUGUAUUAAACAUUUGUGUUGUAUAGUUUUAUGAUUAAUGAAAACCUUAACUGUGAUAUUAAAUUAUAUUUAACGUUAAGCUUUGUUUAUAUUACUUAGAUGUACUAAUAAAUGUAUUUAAACUUUCUUCCAGUCAGAUUAUGUUAUGAAUUUGUUUGAUAGGUUGUUUAUCAAAUAAACAAUUGUAAUUUUUA